AUGUCGAACGAUACGCUGCUUAUACCAGGUCCAAUAGUAAUUAGUGAGAAAGUGCAACAAGCACUGGGCUCGCCAUCUUGUAGCCCCACAGUCCCCGAAUUUGUAAACCUAUUCCAAGGUGUGUUGAAAAACUGUAGGAAACUGUUUAGGGCUCAUGAGACCCAGGGUCAGCCAAUUGUGCUUGUAGGUUCCGGCACAUUGGGUUGGGAUGUCGCUGCUGCCAAUUUGGUUGAUCCGGAGGAUGAAGUGCUAGUGCUAGGGACUGGUUACUUUAGUGAUUCGUUCCAAGACUGUCUUGAACUUUAUGGAGCCAAGGUAGAUAAGUUGGAGGCUCCACUUGGAGAUCAGGUUCCUUUUCAAGAAGUUGAGCAACAACUAAAGAAGAAGCAGUACAAAGCAAUUACAAUCACCCAGGUUGAUACUUCAACAGGUGUGUUGUCGAACGUUCAAAGAAUAGCCGAGCUGGUUCACGAGCUUUCUCCUUCGACGUUCAUCAUUGUCGAUGGAGUGUGUUCAAUUGGUUGCGAAGAGUUUGAGUUUGACAAAUGGGGCAUCGAUUUCUGUCUAUCGGCAUCACAAAAGGCCAUUGGAGCUGCUCCAGGUCUCAGUAUCUCGAUGAUCAGUCAGAGAGCUCUCGAGCAUGCCUUGGACCCCAGCAGGAAACCCCGCUCCUACUAUGCUUCACUUAAGAAGUGGAUCCCAGUGAUGCAAGCUUACGAGGACCAAAAACCAAAGUAUUUUGCAACACUAUCGGUUCAGAUGGUCAAAAGUCUUGAUGUAGCUCUCAAGGAACUACUAGCUGACGGCCUCGAACUCCGCUGGGAAAAGCACCGCAAGACCAGCGAAUGGCUCAAGAAAAAGCUCACCGACGAUUUGGGCUUCAAGCUAGUCACCAAGUAUCCAUCCGAAGCAGCUGCUCACGGGCUAACAGUUUUCUACGUCAAAGACCCUCCAAAACUAAUCAGCUACCUCAAGCAGCACGGAACUGUCAUUACAGGUGGGAUCCAUAAGCAAAUCGCUUCCCAGUGCGUUCGUAUUGGACAUAUGGGAGUUUCGGUAUGCAGCGAACAGCUCGACCAUAUCCCAGCCUGCUAUAAGCUCAUAGCAGAGUCGAACAUUCACUAA